ACCUCCCACUCUCCCUCCUCCACCAUGGCUGAAAUUCACGACCAGUUUGAUACCAUUCUGAUUCUCGACUUUGGCUCACAAUACAGCCAUCUGAUCACCAGAAGAUGUCGUGAACUGAACGUCUACGCCGAGCUCAUGCCAUGCACCCAAAAGAUCAAGGAUCUCAACUUCAAGCCGAAGGGCGUGAUUCUGUCUGGCUCGCCAUACAGCGUCUACGACAAGGACGCGCCUCAUGUCGACCCGGCGGUCUUCGAACUCGGCGUCCCGGUCCUCGGUAUAUGCUAUGGCCUUCAGGAAAUGGCAUGGAACAUGAAGGGCAAGGUCGCGAAGUGCGACCACCGUGAAUACGGGUUCGCGCAGGUCCAGAUUUCCAAGAUCGGCGGCGAAAGCACCGGCGCAGACGCCCUCUUCCAGGAUCUCGGAGAGGAGCUCCAGGUAUGGAUGUCGCACGGAGACCAGCUCUCGGAGCUGCCUCCUGACUUCCACAUCAUCGGCCGCACGAAGACCGCGCCAUUCGCCGCCAUCGCCCACAACUCAAAGCCAUUCUAUGGCAUCCAAUUCCACCCCGAAGUGACGCACUCAAAACGCGGCAAGGAAGUCAUCUCCAGAUUUGUCAUUAACAUCUGUGGAAGCGCACAACACUGGACGAUGAACGAGUUCAUUGGGAAGGAGAUUUCGCGCAUCCGCGAGAUUUGCGGACCGACAGGUCGUGUCAUCGGCGCCGUCAGCGGCGGUGUUGACAGCACCGUCGCUGCGAAGCUUAUGCAUGAAGCUAUCGGCGACCGCUUCCACGCCAUCAUGGUCGACAAUGGUGUGCUCCGCCUGAACGAGGCGCAGCAAGUACACGAGAUGCUCAACAAGGACCUCGGCGUCAACCUGACCGUCGUCGACGCGUCGGACCUGUUCCUAUCCCGCCUCGAGGGCGUCGAGGACCCUGAGCAGAAGCGCAAAAUCAUCGGCAACACCUUCAUCAACGUCUUCGAGGAAGAGGCGAAGAAGUUGGAGGCUGCCGCGGAGGCGGAGGAGGCCCAGGGUGCGGCGGCGAAGGGCAAGAUCGAGUGGCUGCUCCAGGGCACGCUCUACCCCGACGUCAUCGAGAGCAUCAGCUUCAAGGGCCCGAGCGCGACGAUUAAGACGCACCACAACGUCGGCGGCCUGCUCAAGGACAUGAAGCUGAAGCUCAUCGAGCCCCUCCGCGAGCUAUUUAAAGACGAGGUCCGCGCUCUUGGCCGCCUACUCUCCAUCCCCGACCACCUCGUUCAGCGUCACCCCUUCCCCGGACCCGGUCUCGCUAUCCGUAUCCUGGGCCUCGUCACACGCGAGCAGGUCAAGAUCCUGCAGCAGGCCGACAGCAUCUACAUCGAGGAAAUCAGGAAAGCGGGUCUGUACAACCAGAUUGCCCAGGCCUUCGCUGUCCUCCUACCGGUGAAGGCCGUCGGUGUCAUGGGUGACGCGCGGACGUACGAGCAGGUCAUCGCUCUGCGCGCCGUUCAGUCGGAAGACUUCAUGACAGCCGACUGGUUCGUCUUCCCCUCCGAGGUCCUGCGCCGCAUCUCGUCGAGAAUCACGAACGAGGUCUCGGGCAUCAACCGUGUCACGUACGAUAUCUCGUCCAAGCCCCCGGCGACGGUGGAGUGGCUGUAGUUCAUAACAUCACGAUCAUAGAAGCGCAUAUUUUUCUGGGACUGUAACGAAAUCAAA